AUGACAGCUGGAACUGUGGUUAUCACUGGUGGAAUACUAGCAACAGUGAUACUGCUGUGUAUCAUCGGUGUACUUUGUUACUGUAGACUCCAGUAUUACUGCUGCAAGAAGGAUGAAUCCGACGACGAGGAGGAAUGUUCGGACAUACCCGCUCACCCACACAUCCCUUGCAACUCAUGCAACGCGCAUGUCAUGGACGGAUUGGUCCCUCAAUUGGCACUGCCAGGGGAGCCUAGCCAGACACUCACAAGGGGCUCAUGCCCCAGUUGCACGCCCUUUUAUGUUCGAACCGCUGACGAGAUGCGCAACGGGGGCGAACGUAUCUCAUACACUCCUGCCCGCUACAAAGAGCCAGGGCUGCCCCUCAAGGUGCCGUCACUUCAAGGUUUCCCGAUGAGCCGGCAGAACACCGUGCGGGAGAUGUUUGUGGGCGUCAGGGCUAUAAGUACUGAGGUGUGA